UUGUGUGUCUAUUUUUGCAGCAUUCAUACAACUUAAACCAGGUCCCUACCACUCACACUGCUGGUAUAGCACCAAUGCAUGCUAUCCAAGGUUAUAAAGGGGGAUCUCAGCGAGGGGGACAAAGCUCUGCAGUGGUCCAGUGUCUUCCUCCUCAGCAAACUGGAACAGAACAUCUGGAGCUCUUCCUGGAAAAGCCAGAGGUUAUGGUGGUGGAGCAGCCAAAGGAGAGAGGCAUGCGGUUUCGUUAUGAGUGUGAGGGACGAUCAGCAGGCAGCAUCCUUGGAGCCUCCAGCACUGAUGUCAACAAGACCUUGCCUGCCAUUGAAAUUCAAGGCCCCAUCGACAAUAUCAAGAAUGCGACAGUCACCGUGUCUCUUGUGACAAAGGACAUCCCUUACCGCCCUCACCCACACUGCUUGGUUGGGAAAGACUGUUCUGAUGGCAUCUGUGUCAUCCACAUCAAUCCCCAGAGUAGUCGCAGGCACAGCUUUUCAAAUUUGGGCAUCCAGUGUGUGCGGAGGAAAGAACUUGAUGCCUCGCUGCAGAAGAGGAGGAAUAAAAAUAUUGAUCCUUUUAACACGGGACACUCUAAGAGCAUUGAGGACAUGGACAUGAAUGUUGUGAGACUGUGUUUCCAGUGUGAGCUGGAACGAAAAGACGGAGACAGGACCUACCUUGCUCCCGUGGUUUCCAACCCGAUCUAUGACAAGAAGGCGACCACAACAGCAGAACUGAAAAUCAAUCGGCUUAAUGUCAUCAGAGGCCCCUGCACAGGAAAGACUGAAAUUUACAUGCUCUGUGACAAAGUGCAAAAAGAUGACAUUGACAUAAUCUUCAGCUUGGAGGACUGGGAGGCCAAAGCGGAGUUUGCUCAGACCGAUGUCCACAGACAGAUCGCCAUCGUCUUUAAGUCCCCACCCUUCAGGGAGCAGAACACAUCUGAGGAGGUAGAGGUCAAUGUGUGUCUACGCCGCAUGUCUGAUCGGAUGGACAGCGAGCCAGUCAAGUUCACCUACGUUCCAGACAAUGCAGAUCCCUAUGGAGUAAAUCGCAAGAGGAAAAUAAAAUCGGACAUUAAAUUCAGCGAGCAGUGCAGUGUCCCUCAAGUUCAAGACAUAACCAUGAAUGAACCCAGCACAUCACAGCCAUUCGACCCAUUCUACGUUCCCAACACUCCCUUGGCAAUCCCUGCUCUGGACGGGGUCAUCCACAUGCAAUCCCAGGGCAUGGAGGAAAUUCACUAUAAUGAGGACUUUAAACAGGAGGACAGUUGUGUUAGCCUGGACCAAGAGUCUUUGGAAAAAAUCCUACAUAGCCUCACUCAGUGCUUUGAUGCGCAAGGUCCAGACCAGCUUAUCACGCAGUUUCUUUUAGGAUCUGAUUUCAACUUCACUGUAGAUGGCACCAAUACAAAACCAAACUUAGCGGUCAACCAACCAAUGAUGAACAUGGCGUCUAUAAAUGAUGCACACUUCAGUCAGAUGGUGUGUGAGAAUCAGGUGUAUCCACCAGACCUGGAAAACAUCGAAGGCCUCUUAGGCCCAGUGAAGAGUGAGAACAAGCAGGACCUUUGAAUGCCUCUAAAGACUCUUGCGUCUUGACUUUUGGGGCUUUGUAUGUAGAGUCGAUGCUGACUUUUAAAUAAUUGUGGACCAGGAAAAGAUUUGGACUAAGUCUAACUUUGUUUGUGACUGCCAAACCAGUUUAUCUAGCACUGUUUAACAUCCAGUUUGGUAGUGUGUAAAUAUUAAUGAAGGAUAAUGCCUGCUUUGCCGAAAUGUGGCAGCCAAUGAAAGGAACUUUAAGGAACUUAAAGGGAUAGUGCACCCAAAAAAAUUAAAAUUCUAUUGUCGUUUACUCACCUGUAUGUCUUUUCAAAACUAUUUGUGGAGGUGUUCGACAAUCUCAGUCACCAUUUACUUGCAUUGUAUGGAAAAUAGAGCUGUGUUAACAUUGUUCAAAAUUUCUCUUCUUGUGUUUCAUUGAAAAAAGAAAGUCAAACAGGUCUGGACAUGACAUGAGUGUUAGUAAAUAACGACAGAUUUUUCAUUUUUUAGUGUACUAUCUCUUUAAAUUAAAAAUCAGAUUCUAAGCAACUCGAGCCACUGUAGUGUAUCAGAGAGAAGCAUGUAGCCAUUGUGUAUUCAAGUAGUCAUUAAAAUGGGAGCAAGUAAUGCUGCUCAACUGCUUUUUAUUGUGCCAGUUAUGAAAUGUGACUGUCAUUCGCUAAUUUAUUGUGUGGGUUUUUUGAGCCAAUCCCAGUAGUAUCUAGUAGAUGGUCCCAGAAUCAAAUUCACUAACAUAUUUAUGUUUUGUAUGUUCAAUUGUAAUUGAAUGGGUGAGAUUUCUGAUCCAUUCAACCAUAGAGGAAUUUCAUUAACAGCAUUAAGGUUACAAAAUUACACAUUUGACCGUAAUUCUGAAGUUCAAGUAGUUUAUUAAUGGAAUUAAUACCUCAAAUUGUUUUUACUUUUUAUAAUUUUUUUAUGUCUUAACUUGCCGAAACAAGCAGCAGGACAUUUAGUCAUAUGUUUGAUUCCCAGGGAAUUCAUGGACUAAUAUAAAAUGUAUAGCCUGAAUGCGCUGUAAUUUGAUUUGGAUAACAGCAUUUUCCAAUUGCGUAAUAUUAAUAUGUGAAAGUAAACUCCUCUUUAGUGUCUUUCUGCAGUGUUUCGCUGGGUAGUUCCACCCACAGAGAAAUCUCAUUGGUCCAUGUGGAGCAGAAUAUAAGUGAAUACAAAGUCCCUUUCAGUCUCUGGUAUAAAGCAAAUGUUAAAUAUGUUCUGAUUGACUCAGCAUUUUCUGGAAAAAUUACUUGAUGAUAAAAAUCCAGUCGCACCAUGCCUGGUUUGGAUAUGUAUUAAAAUGUAUCAGGACAAUGCAUAAUUUUCAUAUACAGUAGUUAGUAGCAAACAGACUUUAGUGUUUUUUUUUCCGUGAUGUAGAUGUUCAUUUUAAUAUACAUCAAUGUUGAAGGAAGCCAGUAUCACAGUAGGAUUGUUGUAAUCAUUGGAAAACAUAUAUAAUGUCCAUAAUACUGCUGUGAUGUGCUGUGUAAAAAAAUUCUAGCCUUGUUGCUAUUGUUUCUUUCCGCUUCUUAUACUAUGUUACUGUUAGAGUCAAUAUUAAA